UCUGGUGGGGACUGAGGCAGAAAGGAAACGGAUAAAGGAGAGUGGGAACCCAGAGCAAUCCCCGGAACCUAACGCUGCUCAGUACCCAGACUUUGCGGGGAGCUCCGCUUCAGCAGCAACCCCAAAUCCGUGCUGCAAGCAGACGCCAACAUGCAGCUCUCUACUCUUAGGUCCUGGGCUCUUCUCCUCCUGACUGAUCUGAUCCUGCUUUGGGUGUUGCAGAGACAUCUGGGAAUCCUAUUCCCUCCAGGGCUCCUUAGUCUCUGGCUGGAGGGAGCUUUUAGGAUGGGGGUCCUAUGGGAGUUGCUAAGUUUACUUGGGGGGCUUGGGAAGGUGGGCAAACUACUGCCUGCCUUGUGCCUGAGCACCCCCUUGUUCCUAUCUCUGAGGGCCCUGGUUCCAGGAGUCUUGAGUGCUCCCCCUGUGCUCCUAGCCUCAGCCCCCUGGGCCUGGAGGCUGGUGGCUUAUGGAGGAGGGGCUCUGGGCUGUGCUGUGUGGAAGUUGCUGAGUCCUUCUGAAGCCCCUCAUUCAGCACAGGAGAAGGAGCAAGGUCCAGAGAACAAAGCCAUGAUGUGGAGGUUGCUGAGACUGUCCUGGCCUGACUUCCCCUUCCUUGUUGCUGCUUUCUUUUUCUUGGCUGCUGCAGUUAUAGGUGAGAUGUUCAUCCCCCACUACACCGGACGUGUGAUUGACAUCCUGGGCCAGGACUUUGACCCUGAUGCCUUUGUCACGGCCAUCUUCUUCAUGUGCCUCUUCUCCCUUGGAAGCUCAUUCUCUGCUGGCUGCCGAGGAGGCCUCUUCACCCUCAUCCUCUCCAGAAUUAACCUGCGUAUUCGGCGCCUCCUCUUUUCCUCCCUGCUACGCCAGGACCUCAGCUUCUUCCAGGAGACCAAGACAGGGGAGUUAAACUCUCGCCUGUCUUCGGACACCAACUUGAUGAGCCGCUGGCUCCCCUUAAAUGCCAACAUAUUUCUUCGUAGCCUGGUAAAGGUCAUAGGACUGUAUGGCUUCAUGUUCAGUCUCUCACCUCGACUAACUCUUCUCUCCCUGCUUGAGCUGCCCUUCUCAAUGGCUGCUAUGAAGGUCUACAAUGCCCGACGUCAGGAUGUGCUGCAGCAGAUCCAGGAUGCGAAGGCAGAGGCUGGACAGGUCGUGCGGGAGGCAGUGGGAAACCUGAAAACUGUGAGGAGUUUUGGAGCAGAGGGAGAUGAGGUUCAGCGCUAUGAGGAAGCCUUGGAGCACAAACGCCAGCUAGAGUGGCGCCGGGACUGGGAGCGGGCAGUGUAUCUGCUCGUAGUGCGGGGACUUCGGCUGGGGAUACAGGUGUUGAUGCUGCAAUGUGGGCUAAGGCAGAUCCUGGCAGGGGAGCUCACCAGGGGGGGCCUCCUCUCCUUCCUGAUCUAUCAGGGGAAUGUGGGGAGAUCUGUGCAGAGUCUGGUGUAUAUCUGUGGGGACAUGAUGAGCAAUGUGGGUGCAGCAGAGAAAGUUUUCAGAUAUCUGGACCGUGAGCCACAGUUACCUCCUCCUGGAACCCUGACUUCUCCUUCCCUGCAGGGACUUGUGGAAUUCCAAGAUGUUUCCUUUGCCUAUCCCACCCACCCAACCAAGCCUGUCCUCCAGAGAGUGACAUUCACUUUGCACCCUGGGACAGUGACAGCCCUGGUAGGGCCCAAUGGAGCUGGGAAGAGUUCAGUGGCUGCAUUGCUUCAGAAUCUGUAUCAGCCCACAGAGGGCCAGGUGCUGUUGGAUGGGGAACCCUUGUUCCAGUACCAGCACCAAUACUUACACUCACAGGUGUCUGUAGUUGGUCAGGAGCCUGUGCUGUUCUCAGGGUCUGUGAGGGACAAUAUUGCUUAUGGACUGGACAGCUGUGGGGAUGAUGAAGUGAGGGCCGCUGCGCGGGCAGCCCGUGCUGAUGGAUUCAUCGCCAGUAUGGAACAUGGACUAGAUACAGCUGUGGGGGAAAAGGGAAGCCAGGUGUCUGCAGGACAGAAGCAAUGUCUGGCCAUUGCUCGGGCCCUGGUGCGGAAUCCCCGUGUCCUUAUCUUGGAUGAGGCCACUAGUGCCCUGGACGUGGAGUGUGAGCAGGAGCUUCAGGAGAAGAUGCUGCAGGGAGGUCGGACAGUGCUGGUGAUUGCACAUCGGCUGCAGACGGUGCAGGCUGCUGACCACAUCCUGGUGCUGGAGCAAGGGGAGGUAGUGGAGCAGGGGACCCACACUGGGCUCAUGGCUCAGAGAGGUCUCUGUCAUUGCCUGGUGCAGCGACACCUUGAAGCCUGAGUCCCUGGGAAAAGUGUGUGUGUGUUUUAUAUGGAGUUUGGGUUUGGCUUUGGGUCAGGAUCUUGAAUCCAAGGCAUUCCUUGCUCUGAGUAUCACUAGUUUUUCCUGAGUAGGAGCCACUGUAUCUGGGGAGAUAAUGGGAUCUUGGAGAAGAGCUACCCCUGAACUAUCCUUUUCAAGACACUUUGUUGCUUUCCUGCUACUGUUCUGAAUCCUGCAUACUUGUGAAUAUCAGUCAAUAAAUUAAUUUUUUAAGGAUGAACAUAA